CAGCUGAUGAGGCCUGAGCCCGGGUCCGCCUACAGGGCAUCCUGGGCUGCUCUUUUCCCGGAGGCGCAUGGAGGAGCCGCUGGAGAUGCCGCCGGGGGAGGAGAGCAAGCCUUGCUCAUUUUCAGGGGAGCUCCCCGCAGACCCCUCCUUGCAGGUUGAGAUCUCAGACGCAGUCAGCGAGCGGGACAAGGUGAAAUUCACUGUCCAGACCAAGAGCUCACUGCCCCACUUCACCCGCCCAGCACUAUCCGUGGUCCGGCAGCAUGAGGACUUUGUGUGGCUGCACGACACCUUCUCUGAAAAUGAUGAAUACGCUGGCAUCAUUAUCCCCCCGGCACCUCCCAGGCCUGACUUCGAGGCAUCCCGGGAGAAGCUGCAGCGCCUCGGGGAGGGGAACAGCACCCUGACGCGGGAGGAGUUUGCCAAGAUAAAGCAGGAGCUGGAGGGCGAGUACCUGGCCAUCUUUAAGAAAACGGUGGCAAUGCAUGAGGUGUUUCUACAGCGCCUGGCAGCCCAUCCCAUCCUACGCCGGGACCACAACUUCCAUGUCUUCCUGGAAUACAAUCAAGAUCUCAGUGUGCGUGGAAAGAACCGCAAGGAGCUGCUGGGUGGCUUCUUCCGGAACAUUGUCAAGUCAGCCGACGAGGCACUCAUCACCGGGGUGUCAGGGCUGAAGGAGGUGGACGAGUUCUUUGAGCAUGAGCGAACGUUCCUGCUGGAGUAUCACACCCGUGUGCGCGACACCUGCCUCAAGGCCGACCGCGUCAUGCGCUCCCACAAGAGCCUGGCAGAGGACUAUAUCCCCAUCGCAGUGGCUCUGGGCAGCCUGGGCACACAGGAAGUCCAGCAGCUCCAGAUGAGCUUCUUGAAAUUGGCAGAACUUUUUGAACGGCUGCGGAAGCUAGAAGGCCGUGUGGCAUCAGAUGAGGAUCUGAAGCUGUCUGACCUGCUCAAAUACUACAUGAGAGACUCACAGGCAGCCAAGGAUCUGCUGUACCGGCGCCUGCGGGCCCUGGCUGACUACGAGAAUGCCAACAAAGCACUGGACAAAGCCCGCAUGAAGAACAAGGAAGUGAAGUCUGCUGAGACCCAUCAGCAGCUGUGUUGCCAGCGCUUUGAACGGCUGUCAACUUCCGCCAAGCAAGAACUGACUGAUUUCAAGUCCCGUCGAAUCUCUGCCUUUCGCAAGAACCUGGUUGAGCUGGCAGAGCUGGAGCUGAAACAUGCCAAGGCCAGCAGCCUGCUGCUCCGGAACACCCUGAUUGUGCUGAAAGGUGACGUCUGAUGCUGCCACCCAGCCCUGCACCUGUGGAAGGGGCCGCUCAGCCUUUUGGUGCAGAGAUCCCCCAGUACGACUGCAGCUGCCUCAACCCAGCCCUGCCCGAGCCAACCCUGCUGACAUUCCAGCCCCUCGAUACCUGCUCUGCAGAAUGGGUGGGGCCAGUUGAUUUGGGGGGCAACUACCCCAUAACAGCCCAUUAACUGACUUCCCUUGCCUCCCAGCCAAUGCUGCAGCCCACAGUUCCUUCAGAAAGGCUUCCUGGGUUCUAUCCCCACUGUUGGAAUGGCAGAGAGGUAGAGUGGGCAGGCUUGGAGCCAGGAGUCUUAAAUGUGCCUGUUCCCCUCUGCCUCACCCUCCCUUGCUGUGCAUUGGACCACACAGGGUAGAGAGAGAGAGAGAGAGGUGGUUAAAAAGAGAAGUUUUUCCUCUUUAACCUCUGAGCAUAGGACAAGAAGCAAUGGGCUUAAAUUGCAGCAAGGGAGGUUUAGGUUGGACAUUAGAAAAAAACCUUCCUGUCAGGGUGGUUAAGUGCUGAAAUAAGAUGCCUAGGGAGAGUGUGGAAUCUCCACCUUGGAGAUUAAGAGCAAGUGAGAGAGAGCUAGCAGUAGUGGUCUAUUACUCAUCCCUGAGUGCAGGGGCCUGGAUUAGAGGAUCUCAAGAUCCCUUCCUGUCCUUUCUAGCUGUGCAGAAGAGUCCAGGCUCAAUGCCCUCUCCUAGCAACUAGGGGCAAGCAGAAAGAGGGGAGAAGGGGUAGGAGAAAGACAACACACCAUGGCCAGGCAGCUCUUAUUCAAUUCUGCCCUUCCAAUGCAGUCAAUCCAUUCACAGCUCUGUAGCCCCCAGCCCUAACCUCUCCCAAUAAAGGCCCAUUUUGUAUCCAGCUCCAUCCAGUGCAGCCUCAUUGCCAAACCCAUUUUUCUUCCUAGCCCUGCUUCCUACACAGCUGCUGCAAGGACUUCCCUGCUUCAAACACUGCUUACCUUUACUUCCCCUGUCUCCCCACCCUCCCCAAACACUCAGAGCGGAGAAGCUGUGCUGGCAUCUCAAGCUAGGGUGAACAUCCAUACAGGGUCGUCAAGCUGUCGGAGGCUUCAACCCCCCACACCUUAAGUGAGGGAAUGUAUCCGUGAGGGCAGAGGACCCAUUCAGGCCCCAUCUCCUGCUGAGCUAGUACAUGGCAUGGCUCUACCCCCCAUUGAGACUCUGGGUGGCUGCUGGGAGUAGCAGCCCCAACAGAUUGUGAGAGCAAGGAGUGGGCAGCACUAUUGUCCUCUUGUGUAGUUCACUCUCCCUCCCAUCCCCCCCAGCAGCUCCACUACCAGGGCUAAGGAGCCAUGUGUCAGGGGAAGCAAAGCCUAGUGCAACAGACAGCCAGCAAUCUGGGCCAGGACUGAGAUAGGUGCAGGGUUGGGAAGUGGUCCAGCUGCCUAGAUCAGGAGCCAGGCACUGUGGGAAGAGACCUUCCCAGGUCCCUCUGUGUCCUUCCUUGUCAAGCAGCUGCUAUUACUGAUAAGGCAGCAGCCACACCCUAGCCUCCACACUGAUUGCAGACUCCCAGGACUCCUUAGUUCCGUCUAACCUUUCCUGGUGACCUCAAACCUUCCAAAUUCAAAAAAAA